AUGUGUUUGCAACUAAUGCUUAGAUUUUCAAACCAUUUGCCUUUUUUCAGAAGUCUCAGUGGAGCAUCUAGUGGCCGAAGGGCAAUGGUGACAAAUACCACAGGCGAUUUGCAGGCAGAAACGUAUGCCUUGAAUUUGCAGCUCCACACUUUUGGAGGAAAACUGAACAAUCAUUUAGAUAAACCUAUGGGGCGCACUACAGUUAUGUAUUUGCUAGUAGAAUACAAUAAAUAUUUGAAUAACACAGCAGCCAAGCAGGCCAAUUUUUUAAAAAUGCCCUAUGAUGACGACAGGCGCACCAGUUAG